AUGCCGCUCCAGGGACCUCCCACGGCGUUCACCAAUGACCAGGCCGCAAUUACGCGCCCACUUGAUUUAGAGGAACAGGCGCAGCGCAUAGGUGUACAAAGACGCGACCAGUCGCUGGCCAUCGAAGAAUUUUAUGAGAUUCACGAGACUGCGUUACAAAUUCAGCACCAUGGAUUCAGGAGAAUCGCGAUGCAGUUUCCGGACGAGAUGCUUCGAGACUCGGUGGCAGUCUAUCUCGCUCUGGGAACCCAAUUGAAACAGCUACGGCAUGAAGAAGCGCAGCUUUUUGUCCUUGCAGACACUUCCUAUGGCAGUUGUUGUGUGGAUGAAGUCGCCGCACAGCAUGUCAAUGCGGAUGUUGUUAACUACAAGGCUACCAGCGAUCUAUGUAUAUGGAAACGGCCCCUUGACGUGCAUAGAGUGGCUUCGUGCUUCAAGGAUACAUGUGGAUCGGAUAUCCCAAAAAAUUUGGCCAUCCAGACAGACGUUUCAUUCAAUCACCUGACUGGCGAGUACACAUCUUCUUUGCGUGCACCUACUUAUUCUGUAGAAAGUCUAUCCGACUCCCUGAAACGUAUCCUUCCGGAAACGCAGGUCCACCAUCGGAUACUUCCCCGGUACCAGGCACCACGUGGCUCGACAGCCGUGAAUACAGAUGGCGGCGAAAUCAAAUCCUCAGAAUGCGACUCUGUCCUAUUCGUUGGCCCGGAGACACUCGCUCUUACAAAUCUUUUGCUCUCCCGCAGCACAUCCAAAGUCUAUCGCUACGAUGUUACCACCAAUACCUGCAUAAUAUCCUCCAUCCGAACGAACAAACUAUUAAUGCGGCGGUACGCGACGAUGCAACGCGCGAGAGACGCAGACGUCUUUGGUAUUCUAGUCGGAACCUUGGGCGUGGCAUCAUAUUUGCACCUCAUCAAUCAAUUGCGCAGAGCAUUAAAGGAGAAGGGGAAGAAAACGUAUACCAUUAGCGUUGGGAAGCUCAAUCCUGCUAAAUUGGCCAAUUUUGCUGAAAUUGAGUGCUUCGUGCUGGUCGCAUGUCCGGAAAAUAGCAUCGUCGAAUCAAAGGACUUUAUGCAACCAGUCGUCACACCGUUUGAGCUCGAGAUUGCACUUGGUCUCGUGGAGCAAUGGAAUGGAAGGUACAUACUAGACUUUGAUGCAGUACUCCAAGAAGCGAGCGCAUUCAAGUCCACGGAACAAAGAAGUUCUGACGAGGAGGACGCGCCGUCAUUCUCACUUGUCAGUGGCGCGUAUCGACAGAAGAAGAAAUAUGGGGGGACAGGCAAAGAGUACCCUGAGACAGAAGGAGAGGGAGCGAUCGUUAUCCGUAAUCAAGAGAAUGCAGUUGGCAAUAUCAUCGAGAGUGCAUCCAGCGAGUUUAUGCAGCGACGCACAUGGAAGGGGCUCGACACUCGGACUGGAGAGGACGAACCAUCGCUCCUGGAGCAGGGUCGCAUCGGACUCGCAAAAGGAUACCGUGAAGUUGAUCAUAUACCUCCAUAA